AUGAACAGUAGCGUGGAGGUGCCCCCCCUGGACGCCCUGAGCAUCGCGCCGAAGGCGGGGGACGUGCAAGACGACGAGCACGUGGACGACGUAGACACCGAGCUGGAGGACAAGUACAUCAAGAACUACAAGGUCACCCGGGAGAGCAAGUUCGCGUUCUUCGUGCUGGGCCUCCUGACUCUCUGCGGGCUGAGGUCCUUCAUCGUGAGCAAGCUGGCCUUCGCGCCCCCCCCCGUGAAGGGGUACACCGUGCAGGACAACCAGUUCCUCUACAAGAACCCCUUCAGCCGGUACGACAUAAACGAGCUGCUCGAACUCAACAACGUGGGCGUCAAGUACAACCGAAUAGUGAGCGGCACGGACGAAGUCGCGUCGAUCCUCCUCUACAGAAAGCCACUCGACUUGAAUAAGCAAACCAUUCUCUAUUCACAUGGCAACAACACAGAUAUGGGUCACUCCUUCCCAGCCUACAUCAAUUUGAUCUUCCAGACGAACGCCAACAUAGUGACGUAUGAUUACAGCGGAUACGGCUACAGCAAUAAGAAGCCAACGGAAAUGAAUAUGUAUAGGAAUAUAAAAAUGGUUUACAAGUUCCUGACGGAUGACCUUCAUAUAGAUCCCAUGAAAAUCAUUUUGUAUGGCUACAGCAUUGGCAGCUGUGCCAGUAGCUACUUAAUUAGUCUGCGCGAUGUCAAGGUGGGGGGGUGUAUCUUGCAGUCUCCCCUGGCCAGCGGCAUAAAGCUUCUGUUCCCCUUCCAGAAGAGGUACCUCCCAUGGCUGGAUGUUUUUAAAAAUUAUGAAAAGCUACAAAAGGCGGCACUUAUCCCAGUCUACAUCAUGCACGGGAAGAGGGACCAAGACAUCCCCUAUUACCAUUCUGUCAUUUUGCUAAACGCCCUUCGGAAAAACUUCGAGAGGCAAUACAAAAAGAUGAACACCCCCCCCUCACACUCUCCUCACGAGAGCGUUGACAUCACCUCGCUCAUCAAGUUCUGGGGCAUCGCCAAUUCCGACCACAACGACAUUGAGCUCGCCAACGCCGACGACUUCUACCGCCGCCUCCGCGCCUUCCUCAUGCUUUGCGAGGACUACAACCGGGGGUAG